AUGAACCGGAGAAAGAGAGGGCCUGUUCAUGGACAGAGAGCAGCUGUCUUUACUUGUGGAAAGAGCUUCAAUCAGAGUGGACGCCUCAAAAUACAUCAACGGACUCACAGAGGGGAACAACCAUAUAAAUGCAUGGAGUGUGGAAAGAGUUUCAGUCAGAGUGGACACCUCAACAUACACCAGCGGACUCACACAGGGGAAAAACCAUUUAAAUGCAUGGAGUGUGGAAAGAGUUUCAGUCUGAGUGGACACCUCAACAUACAUCAACGGACUCACACAGGGGAGAAACCAUAUAACUGUAUUGAGUGCGGAAAGAGCUUUAGUGAGAAUGGAAACCUUAGAAGACACCAACGGACUCACACAGGAGGAAAACCAUUUAAAUGUAUGGAGUGUGGAAGAUGCUUUCAUGAUAAUGCAACCCUUAGAAGACACCAACGGACUCACACAGGGGAGAAACCUUUUAAAUGCAUGGAGUGUGACAAGAGUUUUAUUGAUAAUGGAAACCUUAAAUCACACCAGCGGACUCACACAGGUGAAAAACCAUAUAAAUGUAUGGAGUGUGGAAAGAGCUUCAGUCUGAGUGGACACCUCAAUAAACAUCAACGGACUCACACAGGGGAGAAACCGUUUAAAUGCUUGGAGUGCGGAAAGAGUUUUAGUGAGCAUUCAAACCUUAGGAAACACCAACGGACUCACACAGGGGAGAAACCAUUUAAAUGCAUGGAGUGUGGAAAGAGCUUCAGUCAGAAUGGUGACCAUAAAUUACACCAGCGGAAUCACACGGAAGAAAAACCAUAUAAAUGUAUGGAGUGUGGAAAGAGCUUCAGUCUGAGUGGACUCCUUAGAAGACACCAACGGACUCACACAGGGGAGAAACCUUUUAAAUGUAUGGAAUGUGGAAAAUGCUUCAGUGAUACUGGAAGCCUCAGAAGACACCAACGGGUUCACACAGGGGAGAAACCAUUUAAAUGUAUCGAGUGUGGAAAGAGUUUUAGUGCUAAUGGAACCCUUAAAAAACAUCAACGGACACACACAGGAGAGAAACCUUUUAAAUGUAUGGAGUGUGGAAAGAGUGUCAGUCUGAUUGGACACCUUAGAAGACAUCAACGGACUCACACAGGAGAGAAACCUUUUAAAUGUAUGGAGUGUGGAAGGAGCUUCAGUCGGAGUGGACACUUUAAUGUUCAUCUACAGAGUCACACAGGGGAGAAACCAUUUAAAUGCUUGGAGUGCGGAAAGAGUUUUAGUGAGAAUUCAACCCUUAGAAGACAUCAACGGACUCACACAGGAGAGAAACCAUUUAAAUGUAUGGAGUGCGGAAAGAGUUUUAGUGAGAAUUCAACCCUUAGAAGACAUCAACGGACUCACACAGGGGAGAAACCAUUUAAAUGUAUGGAGUGCGGAAUAUGCUGCUGGGGGAAUGGAAAACUUAAAUUACACCAAUGGACUCACACAGGGGAGAAACGUGUAUGGCAUGUGGAAGGAGCUUCAGUCAGAGUGGAACCAUAAUUUAUGUCAACAAACUUACACAGGAGACAAACCAUGUUGUAUGGAGUGCGGAACGUCUUCCUCUCAGAGUCCAUGACUUUCUUCCCAGCAGUGACCUUUGCAGGAAAUCAGUCUUAAAUGUAUGACAUGUAUUUGACAUUCUUGAUUUUAUAUGUAAACGAAACACACACCUCCAUUGCCCUGUGUCGUUCCAGCCUCUUUCCUCCCUUGCUCCCUUCUCCCGGUGCGUGUGCCUGACUUAG